AGAUUAAUUCAGAGUGAAUAGAUUAUUUCGAUCGAUUAUUCAUUUGUCAAUUCUCUAUCUAACAUAGAUUUUCAAAUAAUCUCAAAGAGCUACUGUGCAUCGAUACAAUUUUUUUGAGGGAUUAAAGUCGUGAUUGGACGAUCAGAUCCAAGUAUGUCGCGAAACAAUAAGAGAGAGGGAAUCGUGUGCUCUUACGAAAAUCGUGCUCGUAACGACUAUUAUCUUCCCGCGAGCCUCUUAUUCGGCUAUUAAGAGGGCAACGAUAGCGCAAGGGAGAAGGAAACGAAGAUCGUCAAGCAAAAAAUUGCGAUCACUUUGUGAUCGGCACCGAACGACGUCGAUUACCGCCGUUUUAGCGACAGUGGCGCGUGCGCUGGCUGGCAGUUGAAAAACUGGUGGAGGGAGAGUGAGUUAAGUCAAGGAUGGCUGAUAUAAAGUUCGCGAGUUUAUAAAACAGAGAUCAACUUGCUCCAAAACCCAGUUUUCCAAUCGACCGCGCGAGCGGAUCAGCCGCGCAGAAACGAUAAUAGGGCGAUUAUCGGCGGCAGUUUUGAGCCCGACGAUAUAUCGUCAGUCAUUCAUUCCACCCGCCGAGACAGGAAGAAAUCAGUCGGAUUAAUUGUAUAUUAAGAAAAAAGAGAAAGAGAGAGAUAUAUAGAUAGAUAGAAGCCUUUGAUCGUCAUAUAUAUUAUGUAUAAAUCUCGUGUUUACCGAAAUGGCAGCGACAUUUCGCCACGAGACAGCGGAUCCGAGAGCACGCCGUUCCUCUCUUCGGAAUCUCGCACAAGUCUAGAACUGUCGACGAUAUCCGACGAUUUGGAAACGAGCGACUUAGAUCUGAGCCCGACCAGUUGUUCCUUCAAAUACGGGAGCAUCGAAGCCGCUAGUUAUAGCACAACCCUAACAGCUGUAUCAAAAAGGCCGCCCUCUCGAACACAAAAUAACGAGUUGUACCUUUCAGCAGCGGCGCAUUCGCCUUGCAUCGCGAAUCUCGUCCACGAGAAGAAUUACGAGGCGCGGAACAUUGACCUGAUAUUGACGAAUGAAAAUGCCGAUCCGAAAAAAGCAUAUGGAAUAGACUUUAAACCUGGAUCGUUACAAUUUCAACCCGACAUGGUGCUCGCAUCUUGCAAGGACCUCAAGCCGAAGCAAAAUUCACUGGUCACCAUAUUUUCAAUAUGGAAUACGAUAUUAGGAUCGUCGUUAUUGACUAUGCCAUGGGGAAUCGCGAAGGCCGGAUUAUUUCCUGGGAUUAUCCUUAAUCUACUGAUGAGCGGUUUAUGUCUAUACACAGCUUAUCGUCUCAUAGCUGCACACGCGUAUCAUGGUGGAGGAGACAAUAUAGAAGUCCAAAACUUGAGUCGAAUAUAUCUCGGCAAAUGGGCGGAAUAUAUUGCCAAAAUCUUUAGUAUUGCCGUAUUGUUGGGCGCAACUAUAGCUUAUUGGGUGUUGAUGGCUAAUUUCUUAUACAACAGCGUAAAUUUUAUUUACGAUAGUAUAGCUGGUUGGCCGACACAUUCUGUACCUGAAAACAUUUCACACACAGAAGUCUUAUGUCCGAAGAAAGAAACCCAAGAUAACGACACAAUUAUAAUACACGAGAAGACAUUUGAUGCAUUGGGACCAGCAUGGGACUUACGCAACACAGUUCCUGUGUUUUUAGCUUUACUGAUAUUUCCGUUACUAAAUUUUAAUAGUACGACAUUUUUUACAAAAUUUAAUUCUCUUGGAACGGUAUCAAUUAUAUAUUUGGUUAUCUUCAUUGUGAUAAAAUCUUCAUUAUGGGGUAUUAAUAUGGACCCAACCGAAUGGGCAACAAGUUGGGAGAUACAAGAUACAUUUCCAGCCCUCACUGGAUUGCUGGCAAUGUCGUUUUUUAUCCAUAAUAUUAUAAUCAGUGUAAUGAAAAAUAAUCGCAAUCAAAAGAAUAAUGGAAGAGAUUUAACUAUAGCGUAUAUCCUCGUCACGUUAACUUACAUCAUCGUUGGAGUAGCAUUUUUCAUAUGCUUCCCUCUGCAAAAGUCAUGCAUAGAAGAUAAUCUAUUGAAUAAUUUUCAAAAAUGGGAUGGCUUUACAAUAGGUGCACGUAUAUUACUACUUUUCCAAUUAAUGACUGUCUAUCCUUUAUUAGCUUUUAUGCUACGUGUGCAAUUGCUCUCAUCGAUAUACAAAAGCUCUAGUAGGAGUUUAGUGCUCAUCAUUAAUCUUGUGUUAGUUUUUAUAUGUAUUUUGUUCGCGACUUUUAUGCCUUAUAUCGGAACUAUCGUUAGAUAUACAGGUGCUUUAAGCGGAUUCAUCUACGUUUUCACUUUACCAAGUUUAUUGCAUUUGUCGAUUUUAAAAAAAGAAAAGUUAACUACAUGUUCUCUAUUAAUCCAUUUAAGCAUACCUGUUAUUGGAAUUACCAAUCUCAUUGCUCAAUUUUUCAUUACAGAUCAUUGAUCACGUUAAAAUCUUAAUAUUUGUGAUAGGGUUUAUGAUACUUAAAAUUAAUAUAUAUAUAUAUAUAUAAAAGUAAUUGUAUGCAUUGUCAUAUAUAUUUUAAGACAUAAAAUUCUAUACAGCUUUGAAAUCACAUUAAGAAGAAACAAAAAAAAACAUUAAAUGUAAAAUGUGAUUUGACAUGUAUUGAAUAAUUGAUUUAGCAAAAAAUUUCGUAAAAAUUGAAAAUUGUAUUAGAAUAUAAGAAACCAUUCCUAAGAUUAAACGUAUAAGUUUAUCAUAGUA